GCAUCUCAUUAAUAAUAUGUAGCUGUUGCCAGAUGAAGCACAGUUGAGCUGAUGCCAGCUGUAAAGUACCACGAACAAAUCUCUAGCCCAUCUCCUGUCUUUCAGCUGCUGCUGCUAAUUCCACUGACGCUGGGCGAGCAGAGUCCGAGCAAUGAGACAACUGUGGCGCAGCUGGGUAGCGACAACAACAACAACGGCAGCGAACUGCUGCCCAAUGCUGAGAAGCUAAUCAGAUAUCGCCGCCAUCCGCCGUAUAGGCUGCGCAAGCGCAGCAAGCAGCGGCGACGCAACAAGGGUCCGCCUCCGCCCAAGAUCAAGUAUGGUCCGCCCAGUUAUCCGCCGGGACCGCCCAUAGGCUACUAUAAGCCUUCGUUGCCACCGGCGUUUUCCGAGCCAAGCUACUCGCUGGACGAUUUUCAGCAUCUGAAAUUUGAUGGCGCUGACUUUCAGAUACCCGCCUCCAGCUAUGAGGCGCAGUCCAUGGAUCUGGAUCUGUACAGCCACGAUGAGCCGCAACUCUAUGGCGCCCACAAGUUUCCCAGUCUGGAGUACAGCUUUACGGGUGGCGCGGAGUCAUCCUCCUACGAGCACAAGCCGCACCAGAAAUAUGGCGUGCCGCCGCAACAUCAGAGCAGCUAUGAAGCACCCGACUCCUUUGCACCACAGCAUUACGAGCCGCCGCCACCGCCUCCGCCGCCGGCACCACCAUCCACCAAGUAUGGUGUACCUCACGUACCGAGCUUUACGCAUUCGGCUGCACCACCUGCUCCUGACUCGUACUCCCUUUACGAGCAGAAGAUUCCCAAUACCGGCUACCAUCACAGCUUUGCCGAGCCGCCCCGCGGACCGCCUUCUCACUCGGGCAACUUCGAGAUAUCUUACUCGCCGCCCGCCUACGAGAUCUCCACCUCCUAUCAGGCCAAGGAGCCGCAAUAUAGGCCCAGCUAUCCAUCGCCCGCUCCUGGACACAGCUAUCAGCCGCCAUCCUCGUCCCAUGAUAGUUAUCAGCCCCCUUCCUCGUCUCACGAGAGCUAUCUGCCAGCAGCUCCGUCUCCUGGUCAAGACUAUCACCCGCCAGCACCUUCUCCUGGUCAUGAAUAUCAGCCUGCGUCUCCUGGUCAUGACUAUCAGGCACCAUCCUUGUCCCAUGAUAGCUAUCAUCCACCAGCUUCAUCACCUGAUCAUAGCUAUCAGCCAGCUGCGCCUUCCCCUGGUCAUGACUAUCAACCACCAGGUCCACCACAGGACAUUUCCUUUGCAGAACCUCCUGCACAGCAUCCGCCCAGCAGCUACGGUCAACCGGACACGCAUUUACCCAUCGAGAGCUAUCCACAGGAGGACUAUGCGCCGCCGGCGGACGAAUUGCCGCUCAGUCCCAAUCACAAGUUCCCGAGCUUUGACUUUCCCAAGUCCAGUUACGAGGUGCCCAUCUACGAUCCCAUACCCUUCGAGGCAUCUAACAAGGAGGAGCAGGAACUAUUUCCGCCCAUUCUAAACGAGAGCACACCCAACGAGCUGCCGCCGGAUGAUGCACAUGCUGCGGGCAGCUCCCGAACGCCGACAAACAGCCGGAAGCGCAAGCGUCGACCCUCCGCGGCGGUUGUUCCCAAGAAACAUACGCUCGACGUGCCGGAGCUGCAGCAGGCCUACGAUGCGGAGUCCCAUGUGCAUGUACGUGGCACCGAGCUGGACACGGCGGCACACGGCUCCCGCCACGUAGAGCAGAAGCGAAACUAUUUGAACUUUGUGACGCGCUCGACAACAACAACGACGACGACGACCACGGCGGCACCCUGGAGUCCAAUGCGCGUGCGCACCACCUCCAGCAACGCCUUUAUACCCACCGUGGUAACGACUACGCCGGCCAGUCGGGGCCGGAGUCGCGGCACCUCGCGCUAUCGCAGUCCCGAGACGGCCUCCACGGUGGUCACCAUCGAGAAGUCACGUUCGCAGAGCUAUUACGAUGGAACCCUUGCACCGCCCACCCAGCAACAGUACUCGGUACAAGGGGGGCGUGGUGCUAGACCCACGCGACCCACACAGCUGCGAGGCGGAGCCGCUUUAGCCCUACAGCCCGGCACGGAGCGAAACCCGACGCCGAAGCGCACCACGAAAGGCGUCUUUGACACGACGCUCUUCAAGAGUCCCCUCAGCGAUCGGGAAAUGGAUCGUAAGCUCCAUUUGCUGCGUCAGAACUUGCCAAAAAAUCAUAAACUAUAUUAAA